CUCUGCAAUUUGCGCUGAAUUUAUCCAAUCUUACUUUCAUUCUAUUUGUGUUCAUCUGGUAUUCGAAAAUGCUUCGCAAAAUUGCAAUUAAUGUUGAGAGAAUUAAGAAAAUGCUGAAAGAUGCCGGAGAAAAUCAUGGUUACCGAGAAGCAGGACAUGAAAUCUCGGCAACGAGAACAAUCCGUUUUGUCUUAGGUGCUUUGUUGGUUCUGUAUCUACCGUACAACUUUAGCUCUGCAAUUUGGACGUAUUACAAAUACCAGGAGAAGAGGAAUCCCUCAUUAAUCAUGAAUGUGAUAGAAUAUUGGACCUACGUUUUCCUGCUAAGUAAUGCAACAAUAAACGCUAUCCUUUUUGCAUAUGGUAACAGCCUUGUGAGAAGAUUCUUGAUUGGCAAAUUCCUCAGAAGUCGUGUUGUCCCGAACAGAACAUCACCUGCUUUUCCAUAGCAGAUCGGAAUUGAGGAAGACGUAAAUAAAGUGGAAGAUUAGCCAAUGCAACAUCUAUUCCAACAAAUCCCAGCACUGUUUGUCGUCCUGGAGGCAAUUUUAGACAUUACUGGACGAUUGACCAACAAAACCUUUGGCCUUGACUUCAUUUACUUAAGCUGCUGGUCGUCGAAAAACGGCAUCAGUUUCUUCAAGUCUGUGCCAAAUCUAGAUGCACACCCACCAAAUCUCACGCAUUUUAGAACCGCUAGCAAAGCAAAUUAAACAAAGCAUCUUUUCUUGAACCAGAGUAUUCUUUCUUGAACCAGUGGAAAUAUCAUAACAGUACCAGUGAAAAUGCUGGGGCUAACAACGGUCACUGACAAUAAGAGUCGCGCCCAUCAGCUGCAUGACGUGCGGAGGAACUAUACGCCGAAACAUCUACAGCCGGGUUGGUAGGUGACGCGAUGUACAUGGUACGUGACGCGUAGUAGUUAGUUAGCGGUUUCUAGGCGCGCCGACGACGAGGAUGAAUCAAGCAAGUUCAUUGAAAAGGAAACUUAGAGGCCUGAAUAUAAAUCCGUAUUGAAAGGCAUAGAUAUUUGACAGGAUGGAUUAACAUUUCCCAGAUGUUGUGGGGAAUAUAGCUCAAGUCAUGUCAGAAUUUGUUGAGUAUUUUUGGAGCAUCGGGCAACAGUCAGCGGUCAAGUCGUAGAUGCAAAAUUGGACAGGUCUCCGAAUUAAUGCGGUUGUUUAGAAGUCGUCUUGCCCGUAGAAAUAGCUGAUAUGAAACCACAAAAUUUAGAAAGGCUCAUUUAAUUCAACAACAAAAACUUAAACUAGGGAAUUCUCAGAUGAACCAUUUCCAAACAUAAAAAAAGCGAAAUAGAAAACUUGGAGGAAGAUGGGGCGCUAAACAUGUUUGAUGGUGAGCAUAAUGACGGCAAGGAAGCAUCUAGCCUCCCAUCGGUGGAAAUUUUAGGUUACUGUCGGAGCAAAUUUGACAAAAUAACAUACAAAAACUGCUCAUUUUAGUCAGUUUAGCCCCCUUGUCUGAAGAUUUCUGGCGCCACCUCUGGGCGUAAUCUGGGUAAUUAGUGGCUAUCGGGUAGAUCCAAACACUUACAUUACAGCUGAAAUUAUUACUAUUAUUAUUAUUAUUAUUAUCUAUUUAUUUAAAGUAGGCAUAUAAAAAUAGCUGCAAAAUUAAAACUAAUUCAACCUACUACAAACUAAAAUUGUUGAAAAAUGAAAAAAAAUAAAGUUAUUGGUUAAGUUAUUGGUUAGGUUAAGUGAAAUAAAGUUAAGUUAUUGGAAAGAAGUUGAAUCGUGGAGGUGGCUAUGGUCUGGAGAUUGCAGUAAUUUACCACUUUCAUGGACAAGAAAAGUUAGUAAACUGGGCUGUAAUGAAGCUCGAAGCUGUAAAAAGCUAACCAGAUUGUCAAGUGUCAAAGUGUUUGAAAUAAAUAUUUGAACAAAAAUUCAUUCGUCUUAGUUUUUUGCUUGCUGGCUCCUACUUUUUUUAUACUGUCCGCUAAUUGGAACGAUCGGGGAAAAAUUUGCCCGCUAAUAAGAGAUGUCCGCCUUUUAGAGUGUCCGUUAAUUGGAGAUAAUACCGUAUCAAUUCCCAAAGUCUCACUUACGUUUUUGAUAUGUAUUGUUGACAUUGAUCAGCGUAAAAAGGCACAACUCAUGAUCGCAAACAUUUAACACCAUUCUGAUUAACUCUUAAUAAAGUAUAGUCGUGUCUAUUUUCCAACACAAAAUCUUGAGUUUUGCUACCUAACGCGUUGCUUUUUUGGCAUUUAAACGCUACCUCCAUCCUGUCCUUGUUUGACAACAGUUUUAUCUUGUUCCUUCAUUUUAUUGCAGAAAGAUCGAUAACUAAAGUUGAAUACAGCGAUUAAGCACCAAACCAUUUCAGUCGAAAAGAAAGAGAAUGGCGGAAUGAUGACGUCACAAAAGUCUAUUUCAGAACUUUAGAUUUCGGACCCGUUAUCCUGAAAGAAACACGACAUACCUCCAAAUAUGCAAAAUCAGUUGAAUUAAUUGCGAUUCCGAUGAGAUAUUGCCACAUAAGCACAGGAUCUUUCCCCGUCAAAUCACUGUAAUUUGGCACUGAUUUUAACUAUGACUACAUAUUUAGAGGUAUUUCAUGAAAUUUUUUUACAGGCUAUGAAGUCAGAAUUCUUAAUUCUGGAAAUAGAUUUUUGAUGACGUCACAACGGUUUUCACAAAUACAUCCAUUGUCAAAUAAGUGAAAAAGUUAGCUUUGCAUAGUUAAUUGAUUCGCAGUUCAAAUAUUAAUCAUUCAUUUUUAAGUUAAAAUUUGCCAUUUAAUGUUCAAUCAAGACUUGCUUUUAAUUAAAACUAAGUCGGUGCUUUUAUUUAACAUUGAAAAUUUGUUUUUCCCUUUAAAGUGACAAGAAAAAAGUAUUUCCCAUCCUUUUGGUUGACACAAUUAAUUAGCAAAGUUUUGCUAUUGAAUCCCCACUAAUAAUUCGUAUUGCUAAGGGAUAAAUUCACCUGAUUGGAAUAACAAUGUCAUGCUGCAUUUCAUCACUGAUAUAACCAUCAUCGACAUUAGAUUCAAAGCUAUUCCGCCAGCAGAUGUUUGAUUAGCGCUCUAUGCUCUACAUGGCAGUGGGUCUUCUUUUACUGGUGGAUUUUCGGUUUAAUGAGCAGCAACUCUGCUUUGGCAGGAACAUUUUCAAACAUAGUGCUUAUCUUGGAACAACACGGCUCAGCUGUGUGAAAAACUGACACUGCAAGGUAUUGCUAUUCGUAAUAUUUGGCGUUUAACUUUAAAGAACUUUAAUUAGUAGUAAUGAAUCAUUCAUGUCCAGAAGAACCUUACUAUUGUCCAUCAUUAUGGCCACUGGAUAUGCCGUCGCCCCAUUUGAUCACUUGGUCGUUUUUUGCCGCUCUUUUGUCACCAAUCAUCAUCGUCUCAAACGCAGCACUAAUUUACGGACUGUACAAAAUGAGGCAGCUUAACACGAUCACAAACAAAUUCAUUCUCCUGAUGAAUAUUUCAGAUCUUGGCAUUGGAAUAAUCAUCAUGCCAUCCAUUGCUGCUAAUGUUGCUUUGAGAGGCAUGUACCGCAACUGUAUCGUUGAACUGGUUAUUCAAUAUUGCGCCUUUUUUCUCGGUUAUUUCUCCUUUUUCAUGUUGAUGUGCGUAUCUAUGGAUCGUUACCUUCACGUGAUGAAGCUCAAAAAGUAUAAUGCGUUCAUGAAUGAGUUUCGCAUGAAGGUGAUCGUUGUGUUUAGCUUCUUAACAUCAGCAUUAAAUGCUUAUCUAUCGAUCGUGAUUCCUUCCUUCCCGCUGCAAAUCACGUUGAAUUUAUGCAAUUUGUUUUAUGUUCUGUUUGUGUUCAUCUUGUAUUCGAUGGUGUUUCGCAGAAUUGCAUUGAAUGCUGAGAAAAUCAAGAAAAUGCUGAGAGAGGCCGGAGAAAAUUCUGGUAACCGAGAAGCAAGACGAGAAAUCUCGGCAACAAAAACGAUUCGCUUUGUCUUAUGUGCUUUGCUAGUUCUGUAUCUCCCGUACAACAUUUGCUCUGCAAUUUGGACGUAUUACAAAUACAACUUGAAGAGGAAUCCCCCAUUAAUCAUGAACGUACUAGAAUCUUGGGCCUACAUUAUCCUCUUAAGCAAUGCUGCAAUAAAUGCUAUCCUAUUCGCAUAUGGCAACGGUGUUGUGAGAAGAUUCUUGAUUGAACGCAUUACCAGAAGUCAAGUUGCUCCAAGCAGCCCGUGAGUGACGUCAAAAAACACGAGGUCUAGUUGAAGGUAUUCAAGGAGAGGUUGAUGUCACUGGUUUUAAAGCUAGUCUCUUGUCCAUGCAGUGUGAACAUUUUUUUAUUACAACAAUACUCAAACAGCAUAAAAGUGAAUUUCCCCUUCAAUCUUGUCCGUCUUGAACCAGACUUUCUCUUUAAACCGUUAAGGACAAAUAAUUAUUGAAGGAACAAUGGACAACAGAAAACAGAUUCUUGAUGCAAGUUGAUUGCUGACCCAUGAUUCUUAAUUUUUUCACAUCAUUCAUGAAAAACUGUCUAGUUGCAAUCGACUUCCGUCUGCAAAAUGGAAAUCUCCACGAGUUACUUUAGCGGAUAGGCUUUACUAAAUUUUAUAUAGACUUAACAUUACUGAUUGUAUCCUAUAUAACAUCUAACAUAAAGCAGAAAAGUUUGCAUUGUGCAUUUUUAGAUAAUCCUAAUGUUGAUAAUCCUUUCACACUUUCUUCGAUAAAGAUAUUGCUUUCCCGUCUCUCUUAUUUUUUUGACAUGUAAUGUUGACUUGAUCAGCGUAUAAAGGCACAACUGGUGAUUCCAAACAUUUAAAACCAGUCUGAUUAACUUUUGAUAAAAAGAUUGUCAAGUUUCUCUCAAAGCACAAAAUUAUGCAGGGACUUUCUCCACUGGCCGCAGAUAUGGAGGUGACCGUUGCACACAGGUGACUGUUGCACAGAGGUGACUGCUGCACAGAGGUGACCGUAACACUGAGGUGACCGUUGCACAGAGGUGACCGUUGCACACAGGUGACCGUUGCACACAGGUGACCGUAGUAACAGAAGUGACUGUUGCACAGAGGUGAAUGUUGCAAAAGAGGUGACCGUAACACUGAGGUGGCCAUUGCACAAAUAUGAUAUUUAUUAGUGGUUUCAUUUUACAAUAUUUGGUGAUUUGUUGGCUUUCCUUAAAGGCCCUUGCGCAACCGGCAUGCUUAGCGGCAGCUGUCUUUAGAAAUUGAUUGUGUUUUUGAAUUUUCAUGCAGUACGACAUUAGGCUGCUUUUGAAAGUAUAGUCGCAAAGCAUGUCGGUUGCACCAGAGCCUUUAAGUCGAUUCAGAUAUUACCAUUCUGGACAAUCAGAGAGUGAGCAAAAUUUGGAGUGUCCGUUUUCCGCGGUAUCGUAAAGGAACGUUGUAGUUUUCUUUUAAAUGCGAAACACGGGUUGAGAGGAAAUGGAAAUCAGAAGAAUCUUAAAGUUAUCAGCUUAUUUGAUAUAAAAUUUAUUGAAAGAGCCGAUGAUAGUUUGUUGCUCUUUUGUCUCCUUCUUUAGCAGAUUUGAUAUGAAAUCGCGAGUUAAAAAUUACGGAAAGUUACGGAAUAUAUCAUCGAAAGGUAUGCUAAAAAGAAGAGGCCCUAAGAUUGAACCUUGGGCGACAGCUAAUCUCAUUUCUUACCAAAAGGCUGAAUGAGCCUUUUGAUUUGGAGUCGCUGCUUUCUACCCGCUAGAUAACGGUACACCAUAUGUAAGAAAUUUUUGCUAAAGCCGUAUGGGUAAAAUUUGGAAAGCAAGAGUUCAUUGUUGAGACAGUUUCAAGCGUUGGACAAGUCCACAAGAACUAGCCUGAGAAAACCUUUAUUCUUUAACGUUCUCUUACAAGUCUUCAUGAUUGUCUCUCAUAUCAAAUCUAGACAAACCAUUCUCAACUCUAUAACCCUGACGACAGGCGCAAAGGCUAGGCCAGAGAAACUUCUUAACAAAAGGUAGCA